AUGGAGCUGGAUGUCGGCCAGGUCGCAGCAGUACUGGUUGCUACGUUCAUUUUCCUAGCGAUCUGGGCGAUUUUGCAGCCUCGUGGUUUUGCAACGCAAAUUUGCACAUGCAGCUUCGUCCUGUCGUUAGUGUGCACGCAGCUCCUCAUGAAAGAUCUGGGAUCUGGCGAUCUCAACUUUAGGUAUCCGGCCACGGUCACGAGCCUGCACUUCGUAUUCAUGUGGCUUACAAGUUGGGCUUUCUGGGUCAGUCGGAAGCAGUUCCAUCGGUGCAGGCCAAGCUCGGUGGGCUCCGUUAGGCGCUACGUGAAGUUCGUUCUGCCGAUUGCUCUUUCUCUGCCACUAUCUAUUGCACUGAACAACACGUCCCUCCUUUACAUGGGAGCCGGACUCGCUGGCAUCAUCGGGACAAUGGCACCCAUAAUUACGGCGGUCUUGACCCACUGUCUAGGACGUCGGAUUAACAAGACUGGGUGGAUUGGGGUCAGCGUUGCCACUUUUGGAGCUACUUGCAUCGGCGCAGGGGAGUUGAAGGAUCAAGGAGGACAGAUGAAUUCGGUCGCCUUGGGCCUUGUGUUUUGCACAGCAUCGGUUUUCCUCAGGGCAGCCAAGGCAGUUCUGCAAGACCAGCUGCUGGAGCCCACUGCCUACGAAGAGGCGGAACGCCAGGUAGACUUGGACUUAGAAGGCCAGGCAAAGCGCCCAAGCCCACGGCGGGAACCACCCGCUUCGCCCGUGUCGCCACCUUCGGCCCUGUCUCCGAUGCACGUUUGGGCGCUGCAAGCCCCGCCUUGCACAGCGUGGGCCGUGGUCUACGCCCUGCUGACAGAGAGCCCGAAUCAAGCUGUUGCCAACACAACGCCCCAAGUCGCUCGAAUGAUUCUCCUGACGUGCAUCACAGCAACUUUUCUGAAUGUGCUGGGUAUGACAACCAUGAAGCAGCUGGGUGCCAGCUCCAUGCAGAUCAUCGGGAAGCUCAAUACCAUCAUCCUUCUGGCUUUCUCAAUGGGCUUCUGGGGUGAGAGGAUGCCACAGGUUCCGGAUGCCGAAACAGUAUAA